AUGGUGUCGGAAAGCGAAAACCCAUUCUUCCUAUCUCCUAUUGGUAACUCGCCCCAGCAUAUUCUGGACAUAGGAACUGGCCGGAGGACCUGGGCUAUUGACGUUGCCGACAUGUUUCCUAGCGCAACCGUUCGUGGGGUCGAUCUUUUUCCGCCACCGGUUUCCUGGAUGCCCCCAAAUUGCAUUCUGGAGGUCGACGACGUUCAGCAGGAUUGGACAUGGCAAGGGUCAUUUGAUUUGAUACAUAUGCGUAUCAUGAUCGGGUCAUUUGAUGGAACAGAAUGGGACAGCCUCUACCAGCAAUGCUUUGAGAAACUUUGCCCGGGUGGGUGGAUUGAGCAAUUGGAGGUCAGUCCCAUCAUUGAGACUGAUGAUGGUAGCCUGCCCGCUGACAAUAUCCUGAAUGACUGGGGUCCGAACAUGCUGGGUUGCGGUGAGCGCGCCGGUCGGGGCUGCGACACCUUCGAUACUAUGGCCAGGAGAAUUCGAAACGCGGGAUUUGUUGAUGUUCAUGAGAAACUUUACAAAUGGCCCAUUGGGCCGUGGCCUAGAGACCAGAAACUGAAGGAUGCAGGCGCCGCCAAUUUCGAGCACUGGGUUAAUGGGAUAGAGGGUUGGUGUAUGUGGUUGCUCACCAAGUUCGGCCACCCGCAGCCCUGGGACAAAGAAGAAGUCUAUGUAUAUGUAGCCAAGCUGCGAAAAGAGCUUAAUAAUCCACGGUUUCAUAUAUGGCAUCAAGGGUAA